AUGGCCGGCCAUGGUGAUCAAAAGGAAUCUGAAUGGAUAGAUAGAAUAAGAUCUGAAGGAGCCAUUCCACUUCUUGAUCCACAUAACUGUUCAAAUGGUUGGGCUACACCUCCUGGAGCAUCAUUCAUGGUUAGAGGUCCUGAGUAUUUUAUGACAAAGGUUAAGAUUCCUGCUGGUGAUUAUCUGCUCAAGCCUCUUGGAUUUGAUUGGAUUACAAGUUCAGUGAAAAUUAGUGAGAUAUUGAACCAUCCAAAUGGUCGAGUCAGGAAGGUCAUUGAAAAUGAGUUUCCAGCAGGUGAUAAGCCUUUUGUGUGGGCAUUCAAUCUUCAACUCCCAACCAAGGAUAACUACAGUGCUGUGGCAUAUUUUACAACCAAAGAGCCUAUUGUUGCGGGGUCGCUAAUGGACAAGUUCUUGAAAGGUGAUGAUGCUUUUAGAAACUCAAAGCUUAAGAUGAUUGCCAACAUUGUCAAUGGUCCUUGGAUUGUGAGAAAAGCUGUUGGGGAGCAAGCGAUAUGCAUCAUUGGGCGUUCCCUUUCCUGUAAAUUCUGUGUGGCAGAGAAUUUCAUAGAAGUAGAUAUUGAUAUUGGAUCUUCCAUGGUUGCAAGUGCAAUAGUUCAUUUGGCAUUUGGUUAUAUAACAACUUUGACUGUUGAUUUGGCCUUUCUUAUUGAGAGCCAAACUGAAUCAGAGCUUCCAGAGAAACUCUUAGGUGCAUUCAGAUUUUCUAACCUUGAUCCUGCUUCAGCUAGACAAAUUGAGCCAUCAUAUGUUUUGGGCACUGGUAGGUUACAAACACAAAGAUCUUUACCGACAAGAUUGUGGAAGUCAAUAGGGCAGAUUCUUUCAGGUUCUCAAGAAGAUGGCUCUGCUUCUGGCUCACAAAAUGCUAACCACUGA